GGGCAGGCCAGGCCACCAGGUGCAUUGCGGGAGUCUCCCCGGGACGGUGCCGACGGCAGCUUGUGAUGUCGGCUGGGGGCGGCCGCCGCCCAGUUGGUCCAGCGGGAGACUGCAGCAGUGCCUGCAGCAUGGUUGGUUGCUGCCUCGCGCCGAUGCUGCCCAAUCGUCGCUCUGUUUGUUCGGGUCGCCUCUUCCUUCUGCAGGUAAAUGGAGCGGUGUGGAUGGGCGAUGAGUGAGCCCUCGCUAGCGGCCCAAUGCAGUGCGUAGUAGUUCCUGCACAGGAAGAGGCCAACAUGAGCGGGGGGAGCGAGCAAGUCGACAUCCUCCCGGUGGCCUUCGUGGUGAAGGAUCGCUGGAAGGUGCUGAAGAAGAUCGGCGGAGGGGGGUUUGGGGAGAUUUACGAGGCGACGGACCUGCUGCUGCGGGAGAACGUGGCGCUGAAGGUGGAGUCGGCACAGCAGCCCAAGCAGGUGCUGAAGAUGGAGGUGGCCGUGCUGAAGAAGCUGCAGGGUAAGGACCACGUCUGCCGCUUCAUCGGCUGCGGCCGCAACGAGAAGUUUAACUACGUGGUGAUGCAGCUCCAGGGCCGUAACCUGGCGGACCUGCGGCGCAGCCAGCCGCGCGGCACCUUCACCAUGAGCACCACCCUGCGGUUGGGCAAGCAGAUCCUGCAGUCCAUCGAGGCCAUCCACUCCGUCGGCUUCCUGCACCGAGACAUCAAGCCCUCCAACUUUGCGAUGGGACGCCUCCCCUCCACCUUCCGCAAGUGCUACAUGCUGGACUUUGGCCUUGCUCGUCAGUACACCAACACCAACGGAGAGGUCAGGCCGCCUCGUGCCGUCGCUGGUUUCCGAGGGACCGUCCGUUAUGCAUCUGUCAACGCUCACAAAAACCGGGAGAUGGGCCGGCACGAUGACCUGUGGUCCCUCUUCUACAUGCUGGUGGAGUUCGCAGUCGGCCAGCUGCCCUGGAGGAAGAUCAAGGAUAAGGAGCAGGUGGGUCUGAUUAAGGAGAAAUACGAGCACCGGAUGCUGCUGAAGCACAUGCCCUCCGAGUUCCACCUCUUCCUCGAUCACGUCUCCACCCUAGACUAUUUCACCAAGCCCGAUUACCAGCUGAUCAUGUCGGUGCUGGAGAACAGCAGCAAGGAUCGCUGCAUCACAGAGAACGAGGCCUUCGACUGGGAGAGAGGGGGCACCGAGGUGCUGCUGUCCACCAGCACCCCCACCCAGGCCCAGCUACACACCAAGCAGACCGCCGCCAUUUUCGGGGUGAUCAACGUGACUCCGGUGCCGGGCGAGGUGCAGCGGGAGAACACAGACGAGGUGCUGCAGGAUGAGCACCUGAGUGACCAGGAGAACGCUCCGGUCAUCAUCACCGGCCGGCCCACAGACCUGUCGGGGGCCCCUCACAACCUAGGCCCCGACACCGACGCCUGGGACGAGAUCGACAUCAACCGUAACAAGCUGCGCAUCAGUGUCAGCAAGGCCCAGUGUGUGCUGGAGGAGGAGCCCAGCCGGCCGGUGUGCCCUGGCUCCCCGCUGCGGGGGGCCGCUGAGCCCGGGCAGACCCCCCUGCGGUACCGUCGCGUCAACAGCCCCGAGUCCGACCGGCUUUCCACCACCGACCCGCGGGCCGAGGCACUGGACAAACGGUCGCGGGCAGAGAUGGGGGUCCAGGGGGUGGAGGUUUGGGGAUCAGACAGGGGUCUGGUAGUCCACGGUGCCCGCUAA